AUGGUUCGAAGAUUGAGUGAGGCCACACGGCUGGCGCAAGGGCUAUCCCAGCGGUACAUUGAUUUCCAAGAUCGAUAUAAUGAUAUACUGGACGCACUCGUGCGGGCCGACAAGCCCUUGAACCCGGAACAGGCAGCUAUACAGAUGGAUUACUUGUUCCGUGCCGAGAAUUUCGGGCAUGCCGAUGACAAAGCUCAUUGCCUCGAAACCCAUAUCUCUGGGAUGUACGCGUCACUACUAGAGGUGCCCGCCGAUGCCAAUCCUCGGGGUGAUAGGAAGAAAGUCAUCACAUCUCUGGUCGACUUCCUAGAGGCGUUGACCAAGUUGUCGCGCAGGGCGGAGGGCACAGAUUCGUGUACCGGGCCGAUCAUCCUCUGGCAUACCACCCGGCAUUUUGAUGCUAUCAUGUCCGGCAGCUUCGAUACGGUCCUGAACAAGCUGGUCGUUGCCGUAGAGCCGGACCGCGCUCGACAUGUACUCGACAUCUUGGUCUUCGCUGCCGAAUUAGCUGCCCGAGAGGUGUGGGAGGACCCUCAGCGCCCGCUCAACAUGCUUAAGAUGGCAUUGGAAACGCCCGCGGACCAGCUCCUGCUCAAAUCAGACAUGCGCAUUGUGAUUGCGGUCUCGCUGCUCGGCCAUGAGGCGGCCACAAUAUACGGCUAUUCCUCUAUCCAGAAGAGCUACUUGUCGCGCAUGGGCGAGAAGGGCAGAGCAGAGUUCGAAGCCGAGCACCCCCCCCGGCACACUGGUAUCACCGAGCUGGUUCCACUGGCAUCCGGAGGCUCCCAAAUCCUCGGCGAAUGGGUAGUGGCAGUGAUGAACGGGAUCGAGGCCAAGUAUCCCUCCGGUGAAGUUCCUCGUCUCAACUCCCGCGUGCCCAAAUUCGAUGAGCUGUUCAAACCUUACAUGAUGCUUGACAAUCCUCCUCAGAAUGACCGCUCGCGGAUUCGUCUUAGUGUUUAA